CUCCCACCCUUCUCUCUUUCCUGCUCCCUUCCGUUUCUUUUCUCUCUAUUUACAUUCCCCUUUCCCUCUCCGCUCGUUUCCACUGCCUUCAUUCCACUCUCUCUCUCUCUCUCUCUCAUGGCCUCAUCUGAAGAAGGUCCAGAACCGCUGAAAUACCAGACUUUGACCUUGAAGGUCUCCAUUCACUGUGAAGGUUGCCAGAAGAAAGUGAAGAAGGUCCUCCAAAGCAUCGAAGGUGUCUAUAAGACUACCAUCGACUCGCAGCAACAGAAGGUGGUCGUCACCGGGAACGUUGAGGCGGAGACCCUGAUCAAGAAACUCCUCAAGAAUGGGAAACACGCCGAGCUCUGGCCGGAGAAGAAGCUCAACAACCCCGGCGGCGGCAAGAAGAACAAGAACAAGGCCUCCAGCAAACCAAACGAGCCGUCGGAAAACCCCGACACCGAUCAAACCCACAAGGCUUCCGGCGAUGAUCCUUCUCCCGACUCCUCUACUAAGUCCGAUGGCGAAGCCCCGAAGAACGGCUGCAAGGAUUCCCCAAAGGCCGAUAAAAAGGAAGCUGGAAACUCCCCGCCACCUGUGAAACAAGACGCCGGCGCCGCCAGCAGCGGCGGCGGUGGCGGCGGCAAGAAGAAAGGUAAAAAGGGUCAGAAGGAGAACAAUGGCGGCGGCGGCGAUGGAGGUGAUGUUCAAGUGGUGUCAGAGGAGAUUGGCAGCAAAGCAAGUGGUGGCGGCUUUCCGACAUUCAAUUAUCCGGCAUACCCGGCAUCGCAGCCACCGGCCUAUGUGGUAAGCUACAGCUCAGUGCAGCCAACUGCGAGCUACGGCGGUGCCUACUAUCCGAUGCCGACCAAUCAGAGCGGUUAUUUUUACUCCGGUGCGUACCACCCGAUGCCGACCAAUCAGAGCAGCUAUUUCUACUCCGGUGCGAUGGCAGCGGUGGCGCCAGGAUCGUACUAUGUCUUUAGUGAUGAGAAUGCCAAUGCUUGCAGAAUUAUGUGAGGAAGUUGGAAUCCUGAUCUUAUGCAGGCCUUUUGUACCCAUGGUGUAGUGUAAUUUGCAGUAGUUCUAGUUGUUAGACUGAAAGUAUGUAUGAAUGAAUGAAUGAUGAAUGAAUGUGGGAGUGUUGAGCUUA